AGCACUCAGCGCACACGGCGCCCCGGCAGCAGCCGUAGCGGGGGCGCCCUGCGGUCCCGGCCCCGGCGCGGCCACCCUCGCUCUCUCGGCCGCCCUGCCUCGCUCGCACCUGGCUGAUCAGCUGACGGCAGAGCAGAUUGCUGAAUUCAAGGAAGCUUUCUCCCUAUUUGACAAAGAUGGUGAUGGCACCAUCGCAACCAAGGAACUUGGAACCGUCAUGAGGUCGUUGGGUCAGAACCCAACAGAAGCCGAAUUGCAGGACAUGAUCAACGAGGUGGACGCUGAUGGUAAUGGCACCAUUGACUUCCCAGAAUUUUUGACUAUGAUGGCUAGAAAAAUGAAAGACACCGACAGUGAAGAAGAAAUCCGUGAGGCGUUCCGAGUCUUUGACAAGGAUGGCAAUGGAUACAUCAGCGCCGCAGAACUGCGCCACGUCAUGACAAACCUGGGAGAGAAGCUGACAGACGACGAAGUAGACGAGAUGAUCAGAGAAGCGGACAUCGAUGGAGACGGGCAAGUCAACUACGAAGAAUUCGUACAGACGAUGACUGCAAAAUGAAGACCUACUUUCAACUCCUUCCCCC